UUUUUCUUUUUCCUUUUUUUGUCUCACGAUUUGGCAGGCAGCCCUAAACCUCUUCGUUUCUUUUUUUUCAUCCCAUCCAUUUCCCCCUCUCACUCUCUCUCUCUCUGUUUAUCUGCCACACUCUAUAAACUCACUCCAUUUCUGUGCUGGAUCAGUGAAAGCUGGGACACAGAAAGCUGAGCCGAAGAGACACAGACAAGGAGAGCUGUCGGGAGGAGGGCGGGGAGAGGGACAGAAGGCGAACGGGAGUCGCGGUAGGAUGGUCGAGUACUGGACUUUGGCACCGGCCGUCCAUCUGUCACUUUCUUCCACCCUCUCUGUGGCACUGAUGGGGUCGCGGCGAUGGCAGCCAGUGACGGAUGACUAAUCUUCUGGUGGCAAUGAGCGAGACACCUCCCUCGGAAUGCCAAAAACGGUGCUGGUUGGUAAGGGAGGUCUUAUUGUGAAUUGGGAUGCAUUUUUUUAAUGUAAUGUCUAUGCCAAGCAAAUACAUUGACCACUUUCUUGUGUGCUGAUUCACAAGGAAGGAAGAGCUUAACUAGAUUUAGCAAAUAUUAGAUUUCCAGGGGUUUAAUGAUGGAAACAUGUCAUGGAGGUGGAACAGAGAUAUGGACACCUUCAUUAUGAAAGACGAUGAUGAUGCCCUUCUCAUUCUGUUUGACCCUGUCUCCAGUCAAUCCGUCUUGACUCUGUGCGCUGAAUAACUCAGACGUGUCUUGUCUUCAGUUCAUAAUGCGCAGGCGUGAUCCUAUCAGAGCCCCGCAAAAAAAGCUGUAACCAUCCAGAACUACACGUCGUGUGCGUUGUUCUUCAAGUGGCGCCCAAACGAAAGCUGAAACAUCCAUUUUGCUGUUUGACUUAAGAGACGGUAGGGGAAUGAAGGUUACCUUUCCCGUCAAACCUUCUGUAAGACACAGUCCAACCUGUGGAUAGUGCAGAGCGCGUCUGUCCAGCCUGCGCUAUCUGGGACGCUCUGCUUUUCCUAAAGCUUGCUGCACGCGUCUUUUAUUCCACCGUUGGCGACUCGGUGUGGGAUCUGCUGUUCGAGCGGAGCCUUGUGCAGAUAUUUAGUUUAUGAAUGGCACUAACAUGGAGGAAAUACCGUUUCAGAAAGUCAAAACCAGGCGGAGGAGAAGUCACUGUCCAUCGGGUGUCCCCCUGACCACCAUCGCCUGCGAGGACGAGUUCGACUGCAAGGAGCUGGAGUCCCUCUUCCAAAACUACAACCUGAAACUGGAGCAGACAUCCACACUCAAAGCCCUGGCGGUCCUCAUUUUUAUGUCCGCGACGCUGGCCGUGGUGGAGCUGCUGUCCGGCCCGAGCCUCACCAUCUCCAAGGGGUCCCAUCCGGUCCACGGUGUCAUCUUUCUCUCCCUUUUCAUAGUAACUAACGUCAAGUACCUGCAAGUGACUCAACUGCAGCAGAUCGUCAACCUGACACUACUCUUCAGCUUCACGUUUUCAUUCCUUUGCUGCCCCUUCUCCCUGGGCGCGAUGGGAUUGGAGCCUCCGACGUCCCCGGAGCAGGGCAUGUGGCAGCUCAUCCUGGUCACCUUCGUCACCUACGAGCUUCUACCUGUGAGGACCCUCCUGGCUGUUGUGUUUGGAGUGAUGGUGUCCAUCUGCCAUCUGAUUGUGACUGCCACGUCUGUUACGGUGAAAACGCAGAAACUAUGGAGAACACUGGUUGCAAACACUGUGCUGUUCACCAGUGUCAACCUGUCAGGGCUGUUUGUUCGCAUCCUGACGGAGCGAGCCCAGAGAAAAGCCUUCCUGCAGGCUCGCAACUGCAUUGAGGAACGACUCCGAAUGGAGGAUGAGAACGAGAAACAGGAGCGCCUGCUAAUGAGUCUGUUGCCCAGGAACGUAGCUAUGGAGAUGAAAGAGGAUUUCCUGAAGCCCCCUGAAAGGAUCUUUCACAAAAUCUACAUCCAGCGCCAUGACAAUGUCAGCAUCCUGUUUGCAGAUAUAGUUGGUUUCACCAGCCUCGCGUCUCAGUGCACAGCCCAGGAACUGGUUAAACUCCUAAAUGAGCUGUUUGGAAAGUUUGAUGAGCUUGCCACGGAGAACCACUGUCGCAGGAUUAAGAUCCUGGGGGAUUGUUACUACUGCGUGUCAGGACUGACUCAACCCAAGACUGACCAUGCUCACUGCUGUGUCGAAAUGGGUUUGGACAUGAUCGACACAAUAACGUCAGUGGCAGAGGCAACAGAAGUCAAUCUUAACAUGCGUGUGGGUCUGCACACUGGUCGAGUGCUAUGCGGAGUGCUGGGCCUCAGGAAAUGGCAGUAUGAUGUCUGGUCAAACGACGUGACGCUGGCCAAUGUGAUGGAAACUGGAGGACUACCAGGGAAAGUUCACAUCACCAGAUCAACACUUGAGUGCCUAAAUGGAGACUAUGAGGUGGAGCCUGGGAAUGGUCAUGAAAGAAACGCCUUUCUCCAAAAGCAUGAAAUAGAAACUUUCUUUAUUGUGCCAUCUCACAGACGAAAGAUAUUCCCAGGAUUGAUUCUUUCGGAUAUAAAGCCUGCCAAAAAGAUGAAGUUCAAAACUGUUUGCUACUUACUGGUGCAGCUCAUGCACUGCAGGAAAAUGUUCAAAGCUGAGAUUCCUUUCUCCAAUGUCAUGAACUGCGAGGAUGGCGAUAAGCGGAGGGCCAUGCGAACGGCUCCACAGAAGCUGAGGAACCGCUCCAAUGCUAAUCAAGCUAACAUGAUCCAAAGCAGCCCCCGAACCAGGGUCAACCGCUACAUUGGCCGGCUGAUUGAGGCCCGCCAGACAGAGUCCGACACAGCAGACCUCAACUUCCUUACUCUCAUGUAUAAGUGCGCUGAGCGCGAACAGAGGUACCACCAGGUUCCUGAUGAGUACUUUACCAGCGCGGUGGUUGUCUCUCUGAUCCUAGCGGCCUUGUUUGGAAUUGUUUAUCUUCUCAUCAUACCGCAGGGCACAGUUGUACUUGUCCUUCUCGUCUUCUGCAUCUGUUUCCUUGUAGCUUGUAUUAUGUACCUGCAUAUCACUAGAGUACAGUGUUUUCCAGGGUGCCUGACCAUUCAGAUUCGAACUGCUCUCUGUAUUCUUAUAGUACUUUUAAUCUACGCUGUGGCCCAGGCCUGUGUUGUGGGGUGUAUGCCCUGGAUGUGGGGAAGUGCCAAUACAAACAGUUCCAUUGUCAUCAUUGAUGUGGACAGUGGAGAAAACCGCACCAUGGCAGAGCUGCCCUGUGACGGGGCCCGCUAUGCCUUUCUUUCUUGUGUAGUGGGCACCCUCACCUUGGCGCUUUUCUUGCGUGUCUCUUGGUUGCCAAAGAUGGCGCUGAUGCUCCUUUUGGGGGUGCUGUACAUCACUGUGCUGGAGCUCAGUGGCUUUCACAAGACUGCAGGUGGGGGGUCCUUCCACAUCCGGGGCUACGAGCCCAUCCUGUCUCUUUUGCUUUUUGUCAGUGCCCUGGCCCUCCACUCUAGGCAACUUGACCUCAAGCUGCGCUUGGACUUCCUUUGGGCUGUGCAGGCAGAGGAGGAACGAGAUGGAAUGGAGAAAGUAAAGCUGGACAACAGGAGGAUCCUCUUUAAUCUACUGCCUGCCCACGUGGCUCAGCACUUCUUAAUGUCAAACCCCAGAAACAUGGUGAGCCAUGCUAAUAAACAGGCAUGCAGGCAGACUGACCAGCAGGAUCUGUACUAUCAGUCCUACGCCCAAGUCGGUGUCCUAUUCGCCUCUAUUCCAAACUUCAAUGAUUUCUACAUUGAACUGGAUGGGAACAACAUGGGGGUGGAGUGCCUGAGGCUGCUAAAUGAAAUCAUUGCUGACUUUGAUGAGCUCAUGGACAAAGAGUGCUACAAAGACAUAGAGAAAAUCAAAACUAUUGGCAGUACAUACAUGGCAGCUGUGGGGCUUGUCCCCACCAUUGGCACCAAGGCCAAAAAAUCGGUUUAUGACCAUCUGAGCACAAUCGCAGACUAUGCGAUAGAAAUGUUUGAUGUUUUGGAUGAAAUCAACUACCAAUCAUACAAUGAAUUUGUCCUCAGAGUGGGUAUCAACGUUGGUCCGGUAGUUGCGGGGGUGAUUGGAGCACGGCGGCCGCAGUAUGACAUCUGGGGUAAUACAGUGAAUGUGGCCAGUCGGAUGGACAGCACUGGUGUACCAGGAAAAAUUCAGGUAACUGAGGAGGUUUAUCGUAUGCUGAAUACCAACUAUGACUUAGUCUGCCGUGGCAAAGUAAGUGUAAAAGGUAAAGGUGAGAUGCUUACAUACUUUCUGGAAGGGAAAGUGCAGGGCAUUGGCACUGCAACCACCUCAUCAGUAAUGCGUUCCACCAGCCUGGCACGCCGUAUCCAUUCCUGUGGCAAGGCGAGCGUGCCGACCCAUCUGGACAGCGUCUCCUCUGCUGCCAGCCUGGCUCCUCAAGCCGGCAUGGGCGGCAACUUUCAAAUGGACACUGCCAACAUCAGCAACAACCAAGCAACAUGCCUCCUCUCACCCUGCGUGCCUGCGCUGGGUGAACUAGAAGGAGAGGACGAUGUAGAGGUGACAAAGAUUCAAAUCGAGGCCGUGGUAGCUAUCGCAGAUGUAGCAGUGUAGGAGUAACAACAAGACACUUUCACAGCCGCAGGAAAACCUGGAGAAGUCAGGGCUGUCCAGGAAUUUCUCAUAAAUCCUCAGAUACUGGCACAAUCCAGGAUGUUUUCAAUCAGGAUACAAACUUCCUGAGGCAUUCAAAGCUAAAACUGACAAUUACACUUGCUUUCAGAGAUUUUGUUAACUGUUUGCCUCUAUUCAGAGUUGAGAUGUGAAGAGAAGAAAAAUGAACCCAACUUCUCAAUUCUCUCUGAACAUCGCUAUAACAGAUGAUUAGAUUUGUAGUAUUAUCGGGUUCCUGUGCAGGUAUAUCCAGGUAAUAUGUGCAACCUUGUUUUAUAUGAAGUGCAUAUUUCCAUGUACAAGGAAUAUGUACAUUUAUACCCAGAAAAAAGACUGAUCAUGCAUUUGCUUCUGCACUGUAUUUCUGAUUAUGCCAAGGAUAAAUUGCAUUAUUUUCAGACAAAAAUGUUUAUUUAUAUUUUGGUGUGUGAAGGCAUGCAUGUUUAUAAUUAUAAAUGUGUGUAUGCAUGUGUGUUCAGUUUUGAAUUAUAACAAAACAGCACAAAAUCCUUUUUAUAUUCAACUCUCACCGGAUGAAGCUGGCUUUUUAUGAAAUAUGGCAAACAGUUUGUCUUAGUGCAUGACUUUUUAAAAGUUGAGAGCCAUAAGUAAUGAUAUUCUGCUUCACAGAAAAACCAAAGUAAUGAUUUUGAGUUUUACAAAUUUUGCAAAAAUGGGAUCUUGCACUUGCUACUUUGAUUCAUUAUUAACCAAUUUAAAAAGUUUAAUGUCUUGAUAUCACACUGGUUCACAGAGUCUAUAGAGAGUUAUGUAUAUGCAAACAGUAUACUCAUAUAGUGGCUGUUUUGAUGGUGAAUAUGAACUAAAAGUGGUAGAAAGAACAGAAGAAGUUGGUUGAAUGUUGAAUCAGUGCAACUACAGAAACUGGUUCAUGCCAAAAUGAGAAGGUUCACAAAAAAAAAAGCACCACACAGAACACCAGUAAGUUCUGCAUUUAAGGCACACAUAAACAUACAUGACUAUGAAAAUGUAUUCAUACCCCUUGAACAUUUCUACAUUUUGUCACAUUACAAUCUCAAACUUUAAUACAAUCCCAAUUCCAAUGAAGUUGGGACGUUGUGUAAAAUGUAAAUAAAAACAGAAUACAAUGACUUGCAAAUCCUGUUCAAUCUAUAUGCAAUUAAAUACCAUACAAAACUAAGAUGUUUAACUGAUGAACAGUUUUUUGCAAACAGGGCCACGUUUACCACUGUGUCCGUCACGUUUUCUUUUAACACUCAGUAAGCGCCACACAUUUUCAAUGGGAGACAGGUCUGGACUGCAGGCAAGCCAGUCUAGUACCCGCACACUUUUACUAUGAGGCCACGCUGUUGUAAUAAGUGCAGAAUGUGGGUUGGCAUUGUCUUGCUGAAAUAAGCAGGAAUGUCCCUCAAAAACACAUUGGCAGCACCUGUUGCUCCAAAACCUGUACGUACCUUUCAGCAUUAAUGGUGCCUUCAUAAAUGUGCAAGUUACCCAUGCCGUGGGCACUAACACACCCCAAUACAAACACAGAUGUUGGCUUUUUAACUUUGCCCUGAUAAUGAUCCGGAUAGUCCAUUUCCUCUUUGACCCAGAAGACACGACAUCCAUGAUUUCCAACAAAACUAAAUUAGAAAUUUGAAUGGAUCUGUAGAUGUAGCAACAAACUGUGUUAACUGACAAUGGUUGUGUUCCUGAGUCCACGUGGUAAUACAUGAGCAGUCGAAGGUCACAAGGUCACAAAGUGGUGAACCUUACACCUUCCUUGUUUGUGAAUGACACCCAUCUUUGGGGGUUGCUCCUUUUAUGCGCAAUCAUUGCACUCACCUCUUUCCAGUUAACCUGUCCACCUGUGGAAUUUUCCAAACAGGUGUUUUGAGCAUUCCUCAUCUUUCCCAGUCUUUUGAUGUCCCUGUCCCAGCAUUUUUGGAACAUGUUGCAAGCAUCAAAUUCAAAAUGAGUAAAUAUUUGCAGAAAAAAAACAUACAUUUUAUCAGUUCGAACACGAAGUAUCUUUUCUUUGUAUUGUACCAAUUGCAUAUAGAUUGAACAGCAUUUGCAAAUCAAUAUAGUCUGUUUUACAUUUUACACAACGUCCCAAAUUUAUUAGAAAUGCAGGUGUAGAUUGGGAUUUAAUGAUAUAGACCACCUCAUAGUAGAGCAUAAUUGUGAUGUGGAGGGAACAUGACACAUGGUUUCCUAUUUGUUUAAAAUUAAAAUCAGAAAAGUGUGGGGUGCAUUUAUAUUUAGCGCCCUGAGUGAGAACUUUGUAGCACCACCUUUUUGGUAUGUCUCCACCAGCUUUACAUAGACUGAAAUGUUUACCCAUUGUUCUUCUAAAAAUACUCAGUCAGAAUGGAUGCAGAACAUUUAUAAACAGAAAUUGUCUUGCCACAAAUUUUAUUUAGAUCUGAACUUUGAUUGGGCCCUUUUAACACAUGAAUAUGCUUUUAUUCGAGUCAUAUCUGCUCUGUGUGUAUGAUUAGGGUUAUUUUCCUGAUGGAAGGUGAACCUCCAUCCUUGUCUCAAGUCUUUUGUAGCCUCUAAGAGGUUUUCCUCCAGUGUUGCCCUGUAUUUAGCUCCAUCCCUCUUUUCUGUCUAACCAAUUCUCUAGUUCCUGCUGAAGAGAACCAUCUCACAGCAUGAUGCUGGAACCACCAUGAUUCACCUUCGUUAAGGCAUGAUCAGGAUGGUGUGUUAGUUUUGUGUUUCACAGAGGUUUUUGUAUGGAGGCCAAUAGUUCAUUUGUGGUAUCAUCUUGUCAGAGCACUUUCUUCAACCAAUUGGGACUUCCUAUGGCCUACUUUCAACAGUGGCUUUCUUUUUACUACUCUCAAUAGAGUCAACUGUAUCUAACUAAGCUGUGGACCUCUGCAGUUCAUCAAGACUUACCAUGGGCCGCUUGGCUUCUUCUGUGAGUAAUUGUCUUCUUGCACAGCUAAGUUAAGUUCAUAUGGGUGGCAAUAUCUUGGCAGGUUUGGCUGUUAUACUCUUUCCAUUUGCACCAGCAGAUGUUCAAAGCUUGGAAUAUAUUUUUUAUUAUCUAACCCUUCUUUAAACCUCUCUCCUACUUUAUUGCUAUUGCUGGGUUACUUGGUCUCCAUGUUGCUGUUUACCGACUAAUGCUCUCCAACCUCUGAGGCAUUCCACAUGACUAAAUGUGAAAAUCCAACGUGUAUGGCUACUUUUGCAAGGCAAUGUAGACUAAUGGGGUAAGGAUGGCAUUCAUCCAUAUAGAAGGGAGCACUUACAUGGUAAUAAGCACACCACUUCCAUAAAUGCAUGACCUUUAAGUGUUUUAAAUGCUCAGUCUGUGUACAUUCACUUAUUUUCUUGAGGCUGCAGAAACUUUGGUGCCGUGUCUAUAGUUGCUAUUGUUUUUUUAAGGCUUAUACAUUACUGUACUACAGCUUUUCAAUAUAAUAUUGCUAGAGUUUGUGAAUAACAUUAAGCGGAUUUCUCUCAGAUGCAGUUUCAUAAAUACGAGGCAUGUCAGAUAUCUUUAGAGCCUGUAUCUUUAAGUGCAUAGACAUUUUCACUUGAUAUGGAAAAGUGUGAAUACAUAACGUUUAAGUCUUUUGCCUUACUCAAUAAGCUUACAGUGAGUGCAACUUGCCUUUUUAGAUUUAUUCACUUUGAUAUGCAGAUCAUAAUCUUUUUUGUAAAUAGCCAAAAGCUGUAAACUAUGUUGUAUCUUGUACAGUGUAAAGUUAAGUUAUUGAAUAUUUUGUAAUAAAGACAAUAUUGGUGUAUAAAA